GAGGCAGUAGCAGGGUCAGGACGGCCACAGGGCUCAGGUCAGCCUCCUGGAAUCUGGGGUCACGGGGCGGGUAUAGGCGGGCAGCGCAGGGAGGAGCCCUGUAGGAAGCUCAUAAGGAAGUAGGCAAAUGUCUGAGGACACACGUCCUCUGAGUCACAAAUCCUGGAAGCCGGGGUCGGGCAGAGGAAGCCGCGCAAGGUCUUCCUGUUUUUUGGCCCUGACCGUUAGAACCCUGUGUUCUGGGGCUGAUGUUCCCUUCAUCGCCCCCACCUACUGGGGCUCCAGAUCCCCAUGACACAAGGUCAGGGGAGGGCUGGGGGACGUCUCUGCUGCCUGGAUGGGGAAACUGAGGCCCAGAGCUUGCUGGAGAUUGAGGAAGCUGCUGAGAGUCCCAUGUGGGAUGUCUGAGACCUGGACUGCACCCUCUUCUGGUGUCACCUGCGGCCACCUGGUCCUCGCCAUGCCGACCCCUCGAGCGCCCCCUCCCCGCCCGGCCCUGCUGCUGCUGCUGCUGCUGCUCCUGGGGGUCGCUCACGGCCUCUUCCCGGAAGAACCACCCCCACUCAGCGUGGCCCCGAGGGACUACCUGAGCCAUUACCCCGUGUUCGUGGGCAGCGGGCCUGGUCGUCUGACCCCUGCGGAGGGUGCCGAGGAUCUCAACAUCCAGCGGGUGCUGCGUGUUAACAGGACGCUGUUCAUCGGGGACAGAGACAACCUGUACCAGGUAGAGCUGGAACCGUCCACAUCCACAGAGCUGCGGUACCAGAGGAAGCUGACCUGGCGCUCCAAUCCCAGCGACAUCGAUGUGUGUCGGAUGAAGGGCAAGCAAGAGGGCGAGUGUCGGAACUUCGUCAAGGUGCUCCUGCUGCGUGACGAGUCCACGCUCUUCGUGUGCGGCUCCAAUGCAUUCAAUCCCAUCUGCGCCAAUUACAGUAUGGACACGCUGCAACCCCUCGGGGACAACAUCAGCGGCAUGGCCCGCUGCCCCUACGACCCCAAGCAUGCCAAUGUGGCCCUCUUCUCAGAUGGGAUGCUCUUCACGGCCACGGUGACUGACUUCCUGGCUAUUGACGCUGUCAUCUACCGCAGCCUCGGGGACCGGCCCACCCUGCGCACAGUAAAGCAUGACUCCAAGUGGUUUAAAGAGCCGUACUUCGUGCACGCGGUGGAGUGGGGGAGCCAUGUCUACUUCUUCUUCCGGGAGAUCGCCAUGGAGUUUAACUACCUGGAAAAGGUGGUGGUAUCCCGAGUGGCUCGCGUGUGCAAGAAUGACGUGGGCGGCUCCCCGCGGGUGCUGGAGAAGCAGUGGACCUCCUUCCUGAAGGCCCGGCUCAACUGCUCCGUGCCCGGGGACUCCCACUUCUACUUCAACGUCCUGCAGGCGGUGACAGGUGUGGUGAGCCUGGGCGGCCGGCCGGUGAUCCUCGCUGUCUUCUCAACCCCCAGCAACAGCAUCCCCGGCUCGGCCGUCUGCGCCUUCGACAUGAACCAGGUGGCUGCGGUGUUUGAAGGCCGCUUCCGGGAGCAGAAGUCCCCCGAGUCCAUCUGGACGCCGGUGCCGGAAGACCAAGUGCCGCGGCCCAGGCCCGGGAGCUGCGCGGCACCCGGCAUGCAGUACAAUGCAUCCAGUGCUCUGCCGGAUGAGAUCCUCAACUUUGUGAAGACCCACCCACUGAUGGAUGAGGCGGUGCCCUCCCUGGGCCAUGCGCCCUGGAUCGUGAGGACCCUGAUGCGGCACCAGCUCACCCGAGUGGCUGUGGAUGUGGGUGCCGGCCCAUGGGGCAAUCAGACAAUCGUCUUCCUUGGCUCCGAGGUGGGCACCAUCCUCAAAUUCCUUGUGAGGCCCAAUGCCAGUGUCUCAGGGACCACCGGGCCCAGCAUCUUCCUGGAGGAGUUUGAGACCUACCGGCCUGACAGGUGCGGACGAUCCGGCAGUGGUGGUGAGUGGGGGCAGCGGCUGCUGAGCCUGGAACUGGACACCGCCUCGGGCGGCCUGCUGGCGGCCUUCCCCCGCUGCGUGGUCCGAGUGCCCGUCGCCCGCUGCCAGCUCUACUCGGGGUGCAUGAAGAACUGUAUCGGCAGCCAGGAUCCGUACUGCGGGUGGGCCCCCGACGGCUCCUGCAUCUUCCUCAGGCCAGGAACCAGUGUCACGUUUGAGCAAGAUGUGUCCGGGGCCAGCACCUCGGGCUUAGGGGACUGCUCAGGACUCUUACGCGCCAGCCUCUCGGAUGAGCGCGCAGGGCUGGUGUCAGUGAACCUGCUGGUGACGUCCUCGGUGGCGGCGUUCGUGGUGGGCGCCGUGGUGUCUGGCUUCAGCGUGGGCUGGUUCGUGGGUCUCCGCGAGCGGCGGGAGCUGGCCCGGCGCAAGGACAAGGAGGCCAUCCUGGCGCACGGCGGCGGCGAGGCAGUGCUGAGUGUGAGCCGGCUGGGCGAGCGCAGGGGGACCGGGCCCGGGGGCCGUGGAGGCGCCGGCGGCGGCCCCGGGGGUCCCCCCGAGGCCCUGUUAGCUCCGCUCAUGCAGAACGGCUGGACGAAGGCGACACUGCUGCAUGGUGGCCCUCACGACCUGGACUCGGGGCUGCUGCCCACCCCUGAGCAGACGCCGCUGCCCCAGAAGCGCCUGCCCACGCCACACCCGCACGCCCACGCCCUGGGGCCGCGAGCCUGGGACCACAGCCACGCGCUGCUGUCGGCCUCGGCCUCCACCUCCCUGCUGCUGCUGGCGCCGGCCCGCGCCCCCGAGCAGCCCCCGGUGCCGGUGCCGGCAGAGCCGGGCCCCGACGGUCGCCUCUGCGCCCCCAGACCCGGCCCCUCGCACCCCGGCGACUUCCCGCUCACGCCCCACGCCAGCCCGGACCGCCGGCGGGUGGUGUCCGCACCCACGGGCCCUUUGGACCCAUCGGCGGGCGAUGGCCUGCCUGGGCCGUGGAGCCCACCCGCGACCAGCAGCCUGCGGAGGCCGGGUCCCCACGGGCCCCCCGCAGCAGCCCUGAGGCGCACGCACACGUUCAACAGCGGCGAGGCCCGGCCCGGGGGUCACCGUACCCGCCGCCACCCACCCGUGGACUCUGCGCACCUACUGCCCUGCGGGGUGGGCGAGCGGACUGCACCUCCGGUACCCUAGGCUGGGUGGACGCCUCGACGGUGCCAACCACAGCGACCAGGGGCGCGAGCCCAGGUCACCAGGCCCCGCCGGCUCCGAGUGGGGCGCGUCUGUCCCCCACCCACGCGCGUGGGGGUCCCCUCGCCACAGGGAAGCACAAGAGCCCCCUCCAUCGCGGAGGAUUCAGGACACGAAGCCCCGGGGUGGGCGGGAGGAGGCCGACCUUUGACCUUCGCAUAGACUUUGACUUUUUGUUUAUUUUGAGGUUUUUUUUUUUUUUUCUAAGAAAUUGCACAGCCCCGUUCUUGGGGUGGCAGCCGGGGUGGGGGGUGAGGACGUGGGGUGAGGGGAGGCAGAGCUGCAGACAUGAGCCUUCCCUCCUCAACUCAUCCUCCACGGAAGGGACCCCCUCCCCAGUCCCGGGCCCCUGUGUGUGUGGGUGUGUCUGUGUGCAUGGCCUGUUCGUGUGCAAGGGCCCGGGACAGAAAUGUGUGUGUGCGUGUGUGUGAGACAGGGCCGCCGUGGGUGUGCGUGUGUGCGACUCAGAAUGUGGGUGGAGGCGCCCUCAGAGACCCUGGCGUUGGCUGAGCCAAUGGUGGGACUUCUGGAGAGAAGCCCGGGGGAGGGGGCCUCCGAGGUGCCGGUUUGGAGUUGGAAUCCUGCUUCUGCAGAGGGGACCUGGGGUCCAGGCUGGGAGAUGGGGGGACCUGCUUCUAAAGGGCUUGUGGGGGUCUUGGGGGGGGUGGAGGUGGUCAGACCCCCCUGUAAAUACAGCCCUGGGGUGGUCAGAGAGGCCCAUGCCACCCGUCCUCCCUUGUGACGUCCCCUCUUUGACCGCCAGCUGACCGUGCAUGCCACGUGGCCAGCUGAGUCCAGGACUCUCUCCCCAGCCCUAUCCCCGUCAAUAAAACUCUGUUUACAUCCACCGGC